GGAAGCCGCUCCCUCCCCUCUUCUACUGACUCCCACCUCCCCAAACCUCUGUUCCUCGCUGCGCGGCGGCCUCGGCCUCCCCGCCGCGCCGGCGAGCCAUGGAGCGGCGGUCCUCCGUCCGCUUCACGCCCUCCGAGAUUGCAAGAAUGGAGAAAUUGGCUGCCGAGAGAAAGGAGCAAGUCUUGGAUAACAAGUUCUGUCAGAAGCUUGCAGAAGAAUUUAAUUGUUCUGCUGGACGAGCUGGAAGCAAAGUAUUACAGGCUACACAGGUUCAAGGAUGGUUCCUUAAUAAGUUUCCAGUAUCAGCCACUAAACCUACUUGUGUGCCCACUUUUUCUCAAGAAAAGGCUUCAACCGCAGAAGUAAAUGUAUCAGUUUCUGAGAAAAAGUCUGCAGCUUCUGAAGAAAAACUUUUCCCUCUUGAUACAAGUAUUUCAAACAACGAGGAUGAGGUUUCUCCUGUUUUUCCAUUAGAAACUAGAGAUAAGAUUCCUGAUCUUGAAGAGCUGGAGUUUGAGGCUAAGUCUUCAAAGGAUUCUGCAUGGUACGACAUUGCCCUUUUCUUGGCACACAGGAGGAACAGGGCGGGUGAAAUAGAAGUCCGGGUGAGGUUUGAGGGUUUCGGGGCAGAUGAGGAUGAGUGGGUGAAUGUGGAGAAGUGUAUCCGCCAGCGUUCCAUUCCUUUGGAGUCCUCGCAGUGCAGAUCCAUUGUUGAAGGAGACCUUGUCCUCUGCUUCAGGGAGGGAAACGAAGAGGCAUUGCAUUUUGAUGCACAUGUUCUGGAAGUUCAGCGGAAGCAGCAUGAUAUUAGGGGAUGCAGAUGCAUAUUCCUUGUUGAAUACGAUCAUGAUCGAAGCCAGGAGAGGGUGAGCCUGAGAAGACUGUCCCGGCGUCCGAAGUACUCCUGAAGGCUGGGCUCCUGUUAUCUCUGAUGCGCAUCUUACUAUAAGAUGCGCUUCUAUCCGGAACUGACCGUAAUGCGAAACUUAGUUGAAGUUAGGGGAUGAACUCUGCUGCGCCCUUAAUCAUGUGUAUAGUAACAACCGGGAGCAAGGAUGCGCUUGCAUUCCACCAUCUGUGGCACGGGGCUGCUGUAAUGGGUUGUUGGUGGCCGAAUUUUGUAAACUAGUUUGGGUGCAAUGGAGAGGGGAGUACGGCUUGAG